AUGGACUUCACUCUCGCACUCACCCAUUUCUGCGAGGCGCAUGGCCCCAAAUCCGUUCUCUGUACACAAGUCCUUCCGCUGGAAUGUGCACUAUGCCUUCCACCGUCGCCUCCUCUGAGAGCGUCUUCAUCCACCGAAUCACUUACCACCCAGGUCCAGAAUUCCUCCCUUGAAUCCUCACAAGCCCUGCAGACACCGGCGACACUGAGAAAAACCGACACGAAUUCCACCUGGCCUACCGACAUUUCUGGCGCAUCCACCGCGAUCGACUCGGAAACAGAACCUGAAAGCCCUACCAUCGAGAAGCACCCCCUCUUUCAGACAGUUGACCAGACGCGGACGCUCUCGUCACAGUGGCGCUAUGGUCGCAAUCAAGACGAUACCUGUGCCAGCUGCAGUUUCUCCAUUCCCAAGUCAGUAGCGGAAAGGCUCCCUGCCGGCGCACCUGGUAGCAAGAGGGCGGAUCAUCAAAAUCCAGUCAACACAGGGGCACCAGUGCUUCGCUCAAGGGAAUUUGUAUGUCUACGAGAGAGGAAGAGAAGGAAUAGCAGUUUUAAUAUCUCCGACGAGUCCAAACCCUCGUCCUACGGCUCAUCGGUCACGUCAUCUGACUCGUUCCAUACGACAUCGCAUCCACAGUCUCAUCGAUCCGAUGAUUGCCACGAUCACACGUUAACAUACCUCACCGCCAAAUCUCCCGCCGACCGUGAGAGCUAUGCGCAACUACGUGCUUCGGUGAUUCGAACUUUGUCGUGUGAACUCCUCCCACGAGGCAUGUCAGACGGCCCUCUCUGCUUCGGUGAUUCGAACACGGGCUAUACCAUUGCAUAUGUCUUCCGACUCACUGAUCUCAAAGCCCGGGGUCGACGGCGGGCCUACGCUUUCCUCGCCCUAGCAGGGAAAGACGCCAGUCGCGCCUUUCAGGCUUGUCCCAUGCUUUGGGAAUCGUUCGCCCGGAUGGCCAAGGGCAUUGAAGCAGCAGCUCAGCAGCAACGGUGCAAAGAAGAAAAAGAGGCCGAGUCCCUGGACGUCAGUGGUAAAUCGACUGCCAGGAAUUACACUCCUGUGUCUUCCUUCUUGACGGCUCGGUCGGUUGACCCAGACGGCCACCCGCGGCGUGUUGGGCAAGCUACACCGCGUAGCUUAGCAGAGAUCGUAGGCGACGAAAACAUCUUUACUUUCCUGCACCAAUAUUUUGUCGCCAUCCUGCGCUGCCUGGGUGAGCGCUUUGGUGGACCACCACUGGCCGAAAAUCCCAUGGUCUAUCACUCUACGAGUGAAGAGUUACCCCGUUUCAGCAAAGCCGAUGUUGUCCAGGCCAGAGACCACGGACACGGUACCAGUGUGGGUCUCUCUGACUCGCAAAAGUCUGACAGGAGUCAUCUCGAAAGGCUAAGAGACCAAGAUACGACACCAACACCACAGCUUUAUCAGAUGAGCUCUAGCAAGACCUGGCCUCUGCAACAGUCACAGCAGCAAGGGACAGUCGAGCCAAUCUCGAUGGAGGGGAAAGGCCAUGCAAGCGAGGAUUGCAAAUCAGAUGUUGACCUUGCCACAUCGCAAGCCAGAAAGACCACCAGAGAAAAGGACAAGAACAAGUUGUUCGCCACUACCAAUAUGACUUUGAAGAAGCUGAACCCGCAAUGUGCUGUGCCCAUGGCCGUCACUGAGACGGCACAGCGACAGGUUGUCGUCUAG